AGGGGCACGGAUAAUAUUUCUGAACGCAACCCUGAUACAGGCUUUAUGAUAAGUUUUAUGAUCUAAAUAUUCUUAUGUCCAUGAUGCAAUUCUUAUGUUCAUGACGCAAUUAGUUAUGUUAUCUUGACAAUGAUUGUUUACGCUGUUUGGCCUGUGUCAGUUCAUUUACAAACUAAAGGCAAGCAAAAAGAAAAGAAGAUUAUUUUGUAUGAUACCAACUAAUAUAGAAAUGUCGUUCUUCGAUUAUUUUCGAAAUUUCUUCGGUAUAAAACGUCACACUGAGCCUAGUACAAAUGGAUUUGGUGAUCAUGAUUUAUACCGAGGAAAUUUUCGUAAUCCAAUUUGGCAAAGUGAUGAAGAUGAUGAUGAUGAGGAUAUGAAUAAUUUUUGGUAUCCUAAACAUAAUUUACCUUUUAAUAACCCAAUUUUUAGCAACCCAUUCGAAAUGUUAUUUCAAACACAGAUGGACAACAUGUUAAGAAAUUUUGUUAAGGAAUUCAACAUGAAUGUUAAGGAAUUCAACAAUAUUUUUUCUCAAUGUGAAUCCAUGGAGUUACCAUUUAUUGAAAAAUAUGACAAUUUACGAGACAAGAUGUUGAAAUUGGAGUCUGAUAAAUUUGGCAUUGUAGAUGUACCAGUUGAAUCCAAAGUAGAUACAGAUUUAGAUGGAAAGAUUUCUAAAGAAGAAUUUUCAAAAAUGUGGAACAAAGGAAAUGUAGAAACAAUAAAACCUUCCGUACCAAAUAUUUUUGGAAGGUCUUUUAGAAAAGAAAUUAUACGUAGACCUGAUGGAACUAUAGAAAAAAAGCGAAUGAUCAGAGAUACUGAAGGUAAUGAAGAGACAAUUAUUUCAAAACAGAUAGGCGAUAAGAAACAUGUUAUUACUAUAAAAAAGGAUAAAAAUGGAAUUGAAACAAAAUCUGAGGAUUUCAUUAACAUGGAUGAAAGUGAACUGAAAGAUUUUAUUCAAAAGAGGGAAGUUCCUAUACAAAAUAGUCACGAUUCAACUUCGGAUCAUUUUCCAUGGGAGAAGUUUUUCGGUCCCAAUCCGAAAUUGUAGUAAAAAGUAAAAUAUAGAUAAAAGUUAUAGUUGAUAUAUCCCUAAGGCUAUAUUAAAAUAUGCCUUCUGUAUGUAUAAUAAAUAAACCCAAUAAAUAGAAUCAAAGAUUGAA